AGCGUCUCUUGGUAACCGUUGCCAAGGAGGGGAGGCCCGGUAAAGAGCUUUUGCGCCUGCGCUGCGUGGCUGUCCGCGUCUGCGCCUGCGCGCACGGCAGGCGGGGCCGGCGCUCAGCAUGGCGGAGCCUGACUCGGAGUCGGAGCACAUCCGUCUGAAGUGUAUUCGUAAGGAGGGCUUCUUCACGGUGCCUCCAGAACACAGGCUGGGGCGAUGCCGGAGUGUGAAGGAGUUUGAGAAGCUGAACCGGAUUGGAGAGGGCACCUACGGCAUCGUGUAUCGGGCCCGGGACACCCAGACAGAUGAGAUUGUUGCGCUGAAGAAGGUGCGGAUGGACAAGGAGAAGGAUGGCAUCCCCAUCAGCAGCCUGCGGGAGAUCACACUGCUGCUCCGCCUGCGCCACCCGAACAUCGUGGAGCUGAAGGAGGUGGUUGUGGGGAACCACCUGGAGAGCAUCUUCCUGGUGAUGGGUUACUGUGAGCAGGACCUGGCCAGCCUCCUGGAGAAUAUGCCAACACCCUUCUCGGAGGCCCAGGUCAAGUGCAUCGUGCUGCAGGUGCUCCGGGGCCUCCAGUACCUGCACAGGAACUUCAUCAUCCACAGGGACCUGAAGGUCUCCAACUUGCUCAUGACUGACAAGGGCUGCGUGAAGACAGCGGAUUUUGGCCUGGCCCGGGCCUAUGGCAUCCCAGUAAAGCCGAUGACCCCCAAGGUGGUCACUCUCUGGUACCGAGCCCCUGAGCUGCUGCUGGGAACCACCACGCAGACCACCAGCAUCGACAUGUGGGCCGUGGGCUGCAUCCUGGCCGAGCUGCUGGCCCACAAGCCCCUUCUCCCCGGCACUUCCGAGAUCCACCAGAUUGACUUGAUCGUGCAGCUGCUAGGGACGCCAAGUGAGAACAUCUGGCCGGGCUUUUCCAAGCUGCCGCUGGUUGGCCAGUAUAGCCUUCGGAAGCAGCCGUACAACAACCUGAAGCACAAGUUCCCAUGGCUGUCGGAGGCCGGGCUGCGCUUGCUGCACUUCCUGUUCAUGUACGACCCUAAGAAAAGGGCGACCGCUGGGGACUGCCUGGAGAGCUCCUACUUCAAGGAGAAGCCCCUGCCCUGUGAGCCGGAGCUCAUGCCCACCUUUCCCCACCACCGCAACAAGCGGGCUGCUCCGGCCACCUCCGAGGGCCAGAGCAAGCGCUGCAAGCCCUGACGGCGGGCCUGGCUCAUGCCUGCAUCCCGCAGCCAGAUCUUCAGGUCGGCGGUGUCUGUGAAGGGUGCUGUGAUCCAGACUCACCAGGCAUCUGGGAUCUGGCUGGUCCCCUUGACUGGGACCAUCCUCCAGUGACCAUCCCACUGUCUUCCCCUGAACCCACUGCUGCCCUAGAAACAAGGCUUGGAUGCAGGGCAACACUUCAGGGGCUUCCAGCCUGUGCACCCUGGAAGGGUGGGUCUGGUAGCUUCGUCCCUAGAUGCAGGGGUCUCAUGCGGCUCUCCAGCCUCACUGUGUUGGAAGCAUGGGACCCUGCUUCUUGGGAGGAGUGGCCAGUGCAGUUCCCUCUGGUGUCUUGGAGUCGUGGUGGACACCGGCUUGGGAGGAGCAGACCCCAGAAGACCACCUUCUCCUCUUUCAGUCGUCAGGAGCUGCCCCCUGCAUGGGUCAGCUCUGGUGACCCCAGGUGGGCCUGCCAGGACUCCAGAUGAGAACAAGAGGGACGAGGUGUGGUGUGCGGGCCACAAGUGAGGAUGCCCCAGGAGAGCCCUGGGAAGGGGGCUCAGGUGCAUCCCACUCCUCACACAGCGGCCCCAGCGCUGAUGUUGAGAGGUUUGGUAGGCUCUGGUCGGAUAAAAACUUUCUUA